UCAUGUCCCCUGCCAUCCUUGAUGAAUUGAGACAGCGCGAUAGCGUGCGGAGCUUUUAUUAGCUAUCACCUCAAAGUCGGUACACAAACAGCCGGGUACUGUGUGUGCGGGCCGCUCCGACCCCGGUCCCCGCCGCCCCGCCCCCCGCCCCUCCAUGUUGGCUUGAACACGGGACGUUCCUGGGAGCUUGGGCUUGGAAAGGGCUCCGGGUCUUGCAGACUUGUUAGGAAGUGAGACAGCCGCCCUCCAGUCCUUGUCCUUUGGUCCGGCCUCCCCACCCCUGCGGAUGUCCGGAAGGUCACGCGGCCCCACCGCCCCUUGUGGGGCCCGAGUCCACGCCUGGCUGCCUCUCUGUGAGCCGGGACCCGUUUCCCUUCGGUGUGGGUUUGAAGAACACUGUCCCGGUGUUUUUCCUUUGACCUUUAACCCCAGCCGAGCUUGGGGCCGCUGGUCUCGGGCACGCGCGAUCGGCCGGGCAGUGACCGUUGGCGGGGGCGGUGGUGUGGUCGCGCUGCUCGGGAAGAUGUCUGAAAAACUGAGAAGAUGCAGAAAGGAGCUGACCGCAGCCAUCGACCGGGCCUUUGAAGGAGUCAGCCAUUCCCCGGAGUGCCCAGGCCGGCAGCGGCUGGAGAUGGACUCGGCGCCGCUCUCCUUCCCGGUCGCGGUGCCCGGGCUGCCCUGCCGGAGACACCCGGCCUGCCCCUCCGCUGCCCCUCUGGCUCCUGUCCCCUGUGCUCUUGAGAGCGAGGGCCCCGCCUUUGCACCAAACCAAACCCCCGUGAGUGCAAAGCCACAGGCUUUGUGCCCCCAGAGAAAACCCCUGACUAGCAAGGAAAACGUAUUGCUGCAUCCCUCCAUCUUGGCGCCUGAAAGACAGUUUUGGAGAGCGGCAGGAGAUGGGGAGAACUGGAGAAAAGACGGCCUGAGGAAAGAUACGGAGAAAGAUUUGAAGGUUGACUCAAACAUGCCGCUCAGCAGUUCUAGCCAAGAGGUCACAAAGGAUCUGCUUGACAUGAUCGACCAUACCAGCAUCCGAACUAUUGAAGAAUUGGCCGGAAAACUAGAAUUUGAAAACGAGUUGAACCGGGUGUGCGGCCGCGGCGAAGACUCGCCCUUCAGGGAUGGGGCCUGGGCGCUGCUCCUGGACGAGAGCCCGCAGAAGGCCUCGGACGCUGCCGACCCCGGCGGCCUCAGGCGGGCUUUCGACGACCGCAGUGUCAUCGAGACGGUUCUGGACCUGGAAGAGGACUACAAUUUGAUGACCUCCUUUAAAUACUAAAUUGAGUAAGGACAGUUGCCUUUAGCUUUGAUUCUUUACAGCAGGAGGCUGACCCUGCUAAGGUGUCUGAGCUGAGGCAGUCACAGUUGUCAUCUGGGGCCACGUUUCAAAGGGCUGGCUGAACCUGAAUUACCAUGUCCUUUUGAACUUUCAGAUGUGUCCCUUUUUGAGCUGAGAGUUAGUGUUGUUUUUUUUUUUAUUCUGUUGCUUUGAAAUGUUUCUUGCUAUUGAUUUUUUUUCCACUUUUCUUGGCAUUUGUUUUUUUGAUUGAUGUUCAAUAUACCCAGUGCUCGAGGCAGGUGCGAGCCAUGGGCCUCCGCUGUGUCUCUUGGUGUUCUUUCCCACAAGCCCCUGAAAAAGUACCACGGCCACAAACGGGUGGCUUUGUGGACCAGCCCAUCUCAGGCCAGCUCAGGCACAUAGGACCUGGGGUCAAGAAGGACCUUGGCCCCAGGCCCUCUGCCAGCCAUGCAUAUGUCCCUCUCCUUGCACUUUGCAUGCAGGGCGCCUGUUUCCUGCAUGGGCCCUAUACCUGCCUCAUGUCCCCCAUCCCUGUCCCUGCCAAGCUCAAAGGCCUCUUGGUUGUGUCAGAAGGGCUGGCAGCAUCCUUGGUCCCCUCCUGACAGGACAUUCCCGUAAGGCUCCCUACCACAUAUCCCACACCCCACAUCAGACACCUGGGUCCUCAGCUGAGGGGGGUGGGGCAGGAAGGGUAACAGGUCCUGCCCAUCCACCUUCAGUCCUGAGCCUCAUCCAUCCCACUCCAGGCCUGGAGACCCUGGAGGCGACAGGUGGUUCCCAAGGCGGCGACCCCGCCGAGGCAAGAUGGGCAGGGAGAGAAGGCGGUGCCAGGCCACUGCCCUCCUGAGGUCAGCAUAGCCCCAAAAGCUGAGCACAGCUGGCUCCAGCUCCACCCCUGGAAAGAAUGUCAUCGGAAAUUAUUUGGACAAAUCUCUCAAAAUUAUGCUGUUCCUUCAGGAAACCUAAUAAGCUCUUGGGCAAGGCUCAAUGCCUCUCAGAUACUGCUCUCAGGGAAGUGCCACCUCCUGGGCUCAUAGGGAGGGUGGGGGUGAGGAGGCUGGCACAGGGGUUCUCUGUAAGGCCCACAGCUCAAGCAAACCAAAGAGCUAGGGCAGGAAGGGUGAGUGCCCGAGGCCCCCCAGUUUCUACCAGGCCAUCCUUUAGGCUAGCCAGCAAAGACCAGUCUGCAGAGCCAGUGACACCCCUUCCCCACAAGGCUGGUGAGUCCUCUGGGCUUGCAAGUGGAGAUGGCACACCCACUUCGUGGAGUGGGCCUCUCCUGCAGGUACAGUCACCACUACUGCCCUUCCUGGGGCAGAGAGCAGGACGAGGCUAACCCAAGGCCCCUUCCAGGCCCCCUAACACUCAGUCCCUGCAGGGCGGCAUCCUCAAUAAGCACUCAUAGCCUGAGGAGUUGGGCGUCUGUUGCUUCUCCCAGAGCAGGAAGGACAGGAGCAAGUGAGAAGAAAUGCUCAUGGCAGCCUCGGCUGUCUGGCUGGAGCGAUCUCAAGCUACUGGAUAUUCAAAACACCAGGUCCCACAAUAGUGCGGUCCACGUAGAGGAGGCAGUGCUUAACCCCCACCCCUUGAGGGUGAGCUACACUUAGUGACUUGCUUCCAAAGGAUACAGUAGUGAAAGGGGCAAAGAGUAGGUUUAUGUGGAGAAGCCUGGUAGACAUCCCUUAACCAAGUGCUAAAGGCGAACGCCACCGUGCUGUCCCAUGGGUGUCACCCGCCCCUGAUAGGAUGCUAUGAGAAGGGCGCUCUGCCUCUGUGGGGUUCUUACUGAAAACUCACAUCCCCAGUCUAGUCAUGAGACAAACGUCAGACGAACCCAGACUGGUAGUUUUUCUACAGGACACCUGGCCAGUCAGACUGUCAAGGUCAUGAAAAAUAAAGACUCAAAAACUGUCACACACCAGAGGAGACUAAGUUGACACAAUGACUAAAUGCGGUGUGAUAUCCUGGAUUGCAUCCUGGAACAGAAAGGGGACAUUAAUGGAAAACUGGUAAAAUCUAAAUAAAGGCUGGAGUUUAGUUAA